AUGAACUUCUUCCUUCUCCUCCUCCUCCUCCUCCUCCUCUUCUUCCAAGUAACAAGAAGCUUGACAACUACCCCUACUACGCUGCAUAAGUCAGAGACAAGACAUAACGGGGGUGAGAGAACUAUCUACUUCGAUUCGGAUCAAAUUUUACGAAUCAAAUGGCUCGAGAGACUUUUUCAAGGUCAGAAACAAAAUGUUUGUCAUUGUCUGAUCAAACGCCCGACAUCCUUCACCGCUGGUUUUGAUGCAUGGUGCCGUCGGAAGUUCCCUGGUGUCCUCAUUACUCCGCAAAUGGCCAUGCAUCAAACCGUCGUCACUAUGUUUUCCUGGCUUAUCAUAGAAUUCUCAAGACAACAUAUAUCGGGUUGGGCCAGUUGA